AUGGAUACUGCAUUGAAACCAAUUCCUAUCACCCUUAAUGGUGAAAACUACUUCUAUUGGUCGAAAGCAGCCAAAGCUACACUCAGUAGCAAAGGUUUGUGGAAUCAUACCAUCGAUGACGGCUUCAGUUCCUCUCACCAAGUUGAGACACAAGAAGGCAUUCCCGUGCAAGGUCUGCAAACACAACAAGCUGCUCAAAAAGAAAAGGCAAAAUGGCACCAAGAAGACCAGUUGGCAUUGGUCCUUUUGCAAGGUUCUCUUGAUCAGAAUGUGCUUCAAUCCUUCAUUGCCCUAGAUUCAACCAAGGCUUUGUGGGACGCACUCAAGGAGGUUUACGGUAAUCUCUCAAAUAUUAGCCGUAUUUAUGAAAUAAAAAAGAAGUUGUCUUUGUUGCAACAGCAAGGCCGGCCUUUCAACAAAGUUCAAGGAGAAUAUACAUCUCUAUGGAACGAAUUGGAAGAGAUAAGGCCUGUCACAAUGGAUCCCAAAAUCGUUGUCGAGCGUGCUGAAGAGGAUAAGGUCUUUGGAUUGCUUCUUGCUUUGGAUGCAUCAUUCAAUGACUUGGUGUAUCAUCUCCUGCGUCAAUCCAAACUACCACCAUUCUCUGAGGUAUGUAUGAUGAUUAAACGCGAAGAAGGCGGUAGGAAUCUGUUUUCAGGUUCUCUUGAGAUGGCGCACUUCACCAAGAAACCGUUUUCUCCACUGUCUACACCGAGAGAGAAACGGUCUUUCCUAUGCGAUCAUUGCAAGAAGCCUGGUCACACAAAGGAGCGUUGUUGGAUUCUCAACCCGCACCUCAAGCCAUCUCGCUACAAGGAUCAUCCUCCGACCAAAGGGGUUGCAAUGUCUGCAGGCAAUACCAUCUCCUCUGCAGGCAAUACUAUCUCCUUCACUCAAGAUGAAUUCAAGCAAUUUGUUCUUGCCAUGAAGGAGAAGGAUACUGGUAACUUUUCUUCUAUCUUAACUCCUCACAUAGUCAUCGAUUCAGGAGCAACAACACAUAUGUUCAAGGAUAAAAAUCUGUUCUAUAGUAUUGAAAAAUCAUAUGGUGUUGUUACUGUGGCUAAUGGUAAGUUUGUUCCUAUUGAGGGACAUGGCAUUGUUCGCAUGUUUGGCAAGGAAUUUUCGGCAUUAUAUGUUCCUGAAUUUAGUACUAAUCUUUUAUCUAUCCCUAAGUUAGUUCAAGAUUCAAACUGUCGUGUUGUGUUUGAUACUAAUGGCGUACUCUUUCAGGAUAUUAAGUCGGAUCAUACUUUUGGCAAAGGAAUAAAGAAGGGCAACCUCUACUAUGUUGAAGAUUUUCUUUGUUUUUCUGAUUCUACCUUUCAUGUUUCCCAUUCACUAUUGCAUGCUAGAUUAGGGCAUCCUCAUAAUAAGGUUUUAAAGUUACUUUUCCCACAAGUUAAAGACAUUGUAGUUCCUGGACAUUGUAAGGCUUGUGUGCUUG